AUGGCACGUCGAAGAGCGGUGACAUCACGAUUUAAACGUCACGACGCGAAGGCAUUCACAUCAUUAGCGUCAGACUAUAUUACAUACACAUAUAUUGAUUAUAUACAUGCUUAUGGAUGGAUCUCUUUAACAACGAAAAUAUUAUGAUCAAAGUAAAAUUCUUACAAAGGAUAAAAUGAAUAACUAACAAAUUAAAGCAAAAAAUAGUGCCAUGCAGCCCCGCCUAGAUGGGAAACUGGCCUUACUAUAUACAUUAUUAGUCUUGCAAGUUCUGAUUGUUAUGAUUUAUGUUGCUACAACUCCACCUCCUGAAUUAACUGUAUCUACAACUCAUACCUCUGUUACAUUUGUCAAAUUUGAAAAACCACAGAAACUGAAAAUUCGACAAGCUAUUCAUAAAAAGUUUCCCAUCUACCAGACAAUCAAUGAGGAGAUAGUACUAAAUGAGAUCAAGACUUUCACUCUAUUUGAAAUAUAUAAUCAUACUAUCUGUUGGAAACAUGGAGUGGAUAAUCAAAAAAUGAGAAAUAAUGAAGAUCUUCAAAAAUGUAUUUGUAUUCAUGGGUGGCAUGGCUCAGACUGUGGACAACCAGAAGUAGUCUGGAGAGCAAUUAUGGCAUCAAAGCAAAAUGUUAGACUGAAACAUCGUAAAAUAGCUAGACGCAUUAUUUAUACAUUUUUUGUACAAGAACAUAACUCAGCAAUUGCAGAGGUGAUAGUAGAAGAACUAUAUAAUGUAGUAGAUCUUUUUGUAAUCUGUGAUUUCAGUACUGCAGAGGAUAAUUUUCAUCAUAAAUUACUUAAGGGUUUAUUACAACAUAAACAGAAGAAAAUUUUAUAUAUUAAUAUAGCAACAAAAAUCCACAAACCACUGAGAAUAGUGUCUAAAUACAUUUGGGAAAGACUAAAGACUGUAGUACGAAAUUUAAAGGAUGAUGAUAUUUAUAUAAUGACUGAACCAGAACAAAUAUUAAACUCCAGGGCAUUAAUGUUCCUCAAGGUGUAUAAUGGAUGGCCACAACCUAUUGGUUUUAGAUUAAGAUGGUCUGUUUAUGGAUUUUUCUGGCAACAUCCACUUAAGACAACAAUAUCAGUUGGUGCAUGUACAAUUGGAUUAAUGCGCGAAGCUUAUCAAUCAAAUUCUAUCUUGUUAGAACAACUAGAAGGAGAUUUAAGUGAAAGAGAUAGCUUAGGCCUAGUGAUAGGUGAUUUAAAUCACUAUGGAGGAUGGUACUGUUACUUGUGUCAAGCACCUGCAAAUAUUAUAACUAGUUUACAUAAUAAAGUUAAAUCCAAAGAAAUUCAAAUAGAAAAAACUAUCGAUGUACCAUUCAUUGAGGACCUAAUAGGAAGUGGACUGUGGUUAGAUGGGAAAACUAAUCUCCUAAGAGUAUCCAAAUCACGGGACCUCUAUUUUGCGCCUGAAAUAAUACUUAAUAAUACAUGGAAGUAUGACUGGCUAGUAGAGAAUUUUUACGCUAAAUUAGACUAUUAUUGACAUAUUGG